AAUUUCCCGGCAAACCCCCAAAACCCUAAUUCCCCUCCUUUCUUGUUCUUCUUAUUCUUCCCCAACUACCCACCAAAGCUCCCCCACUCCACUCUACUCCCACCAAAGCUUCCAAAUUUUCACUCUAAUUUGUUCAGAUUCAGUUUUUUUCCAAUACCCAUCAAAUACUUUGUUCAAAGUUUCCAUUUUUUUAUUUAUUCGAGUUUUGCUCCCAUCAAUGGCGGAGGAUCGGAAUGAGCUGAGCGACUACACGUCGGAGGACGAGGGAACUGAAGAUUACAGGCAAGGAGGGUACCACUCCGUCAAAGUUGGGGAUUCCUUCAAAAAUGACUGCUAUGUGGUGCAGAGCAAGCUCGGGUGGGGACAUUUCUCGACCGUCUGGCUCGCUUGGGACACUCAGAGAUCGCGUUAUGUAGCUUUGAAAAUCCAAAAGAGUGCCCGUCAUUACACUGAAGCUGCAAUGGAUGAGAUAAAGAUUCUCAAGCAGAUUGCAGAGGGCGACCCGGAAGACAAAAAAGACGUUGUGAAGCUUUUGGAUCACUUCAAGCAUUCGGGGCCAAAUGGGCAGCAUGUCUGUAUGGUAUUUGAGUACUUGGGAGAUAAUCUUCUGACCCUUAUUAAGUAUAGUGAUUACCGAGGGAUUCCGCUCCAUAUGGUUAAAAAAAUAUGUUUCCACAUUUUGACUGGUCUAGAUUACUUGCAUCAACAACUUUCAAUCAUACACACUGAUCUAAAACCGGAAAAUGUCUUGCUUUUGUCUAUGAUUGAUCCAUCAAAAGACCCUAAAAGAUCUGGUGCCCCUCUUAUCCUUCCAACUGCUAAGAACAAAGUUAUCUCUGAAUCCGGGGCCUCCAAAGAUGUAAAAAUUUAUAAUGGCGAUCUUACAAAAAACCAGAAAAAGAAAAUUCGGAAAAAGGCUAAGAAGGCAGCCCAGGAUUGUGGGGGGAAGGAAACUUCGGAGGAUGAGAUAGAUUCCAAGACUAAUGGUGUAGAGAAUUCUGUUAAGGAAGUAAAAUCAAGGCGAGAUUGUGUUGAUGAAAAAAUGAAGAGAUCUGAAGCUAAAGAUAAACUGACAAAUGGUGAAGAGACAAAGGACAAUGAUCAGGAAAAUAAAGUUGCUAGAAGAGGGAGCCGUACGACAAGGCAGAAGCUCCUUGCAGAUGUUGAUCUCAAAUGCAAACUGGUGGAUUUCGGAAAUGCUUGUUGGACAUAUAAACAAUUUACAAAUGAUAUUCAGACAAGGCAGUAUAGAUGUCCGGAGGUCAUUCUUGGAUCUAAGUACUCAACGUCUGCAGAUUUGUGGUCCUUUGCUUGCAUUUGCUUUGAGCUGGCGACCGGUGAUGUUCUAUUUGAUCCUCACAGUGGUGAUAAUUAUGAUAGAGAUGAGGAUCACUUGGCUUUAAUGAUGGAGCUUCUCGGGAUGAUGCCACGCAAGAUUGCAUUAGGCGGUCGCUACUCGAGGGAAUUCUUUAAUAGAUAUGGGGAUCUGAGGCACAUUCGCCGGUUGCGUUUCUGGCCUAUCAGUAAGGUUCUGGUAGAAAAGUAUGAUUUCAGUGACCAAGAAGCCAAUGACAUGGCUGAUUUCCUUAUUCCCUUACUUGAUUUUGUCCCUGAAAAGAGACCAACAGCAGCAGAAUGCCUCAGCCAUCCAUGGUUUAAUGCUGGUCCACGGCUUCUUGAGCCUUCAGCUGCUGUUGCCGCUGCUGAUGUCCCACCUCAGAACUCAGAUAGGAGUACUUCCGAGAAGGAGUUGGAUGAUAGAGAGGCUAUGGAGGCUGGAGUGGGCAAUAUUGUCAUCGAUGGAACUUCUAAACUCAUCCAAGAUUCCAACACGAACUAGAUUUGCCACGCAUAUAUAGCUUUGUGGUUUCGCUUUCCACAUUUUCACUGGAGAUUCACAAGUAUACUAUGGCGAUUCGACUUGGGAAGGGCUUCAUUUUUGCGGAGCAGCUUACCUUGGCCCGUUGUUCACACCAUUUUUGAAAGAAUGGUGCUCUCAAUUGCCAAAUCUUUCUUCUUUCUUCUUCUUCUUAGACCAGGCGACAAUCUAAUUGGAUAUGUAAUUUGUAAAAUUCUCAAUUCUUUGGUUGGUUCUUGUAUUUCUUGCACUCAAUGUAGACCACCAGGCUUUUUAUUUUUGAUAUGUUGAGAUGUGGUAAGAAAACUGUACAUUUCA